GCGGAUAUUAUGGCCUUCCUCGACUCUGCUUGGCACGUACGCGAGGACGCGGUCACUAAACUGGGCAUCAAGACCCUUAACGAUGCCCUGAACACAGACUUGAAGAAGUUUGGCGCAGAGGUUCUUCCUCCAAAGUGUGACAGCGGCCAAGUCCAAUCCCUUCCAGGACCUCUUGUCUUACAGGUUGUGAGCGUUCGCAACAUUGCUGCACCCAGCCAUGACCCAAGCAAUCAGGGAGCACCUCGGAUGCUCAUGGUGCGGCUGACAGACGGCCACACGAAAGCAACCGCCCUUGAACUGCAACACCACCCGCGGCUCUCCCAGGACACGGCGCCCGGCACCAAAAUCAUGUUUCCCGCCAACACCAUCCAGUUGGACAACGGCUUCAUUACACUGACCCCUGGGACGGCAAAGGUGCUCGGCGGCAAAGUGACAGACCUGUACGAGCGUUGGAAACUGCAGCGGGACAUGCGCGCCGCUGGCGCUCGUCUUGACACCACAGGCAUGCGCUCUGGCCGCCCCACUUUCCGCCCGUUCUCUGCGGCUGCAGUUCAGGAGGCACGGCAGCGAAAACAGCGAGGCGAGUCAGCACCGCCACCGCCGCCAUCAUCGUCCAACCGCGACGCCAGCCCGCCAGCCCGCGAGAAGCUCAAGACAGACACGACGCUCGCUGCCUUCCAUGCUCGCAGCAGCGGUGCACAGCAGCAGGAGGUCAAGCAGGCGCUUGUCGACCGCUCCCGGCGGCAACAUGAGGAGAGGCGCGCUGAGCGGCGAGCACGGCGUGGACGGCGUGGGCGCGGUGCAUACGAUGACGACGAGGAUGACGGGCUCAUGAGUUUGGAGGAGUAUCAGCGGAGGCAGCAGCAGCAGGGUGGUGGUGGUGGUGGCGUCACUACCACUGGCACGGGCAGCGUUGGCAGUCACGCCAAACCCUCCCAAGCAGCGCGGGCGCUGUCGCCAUCAUCGCCAUCGCAGGCACACGGUCGCGGUACUGGCGGUGGUGUUGCUGCGUCGCCGGAUCUCGUGGCGAUGCUGGCGGAGAUGGGCUUUGAGCUGCCGGCCGCCACGCGCGCGCUGCAGGCAACCAGCAAUGACAUCGAAGCAGCCAUUUCGCGCCUCACCGCCUCCCCAAGCGCCGCACCGCAGCCACAGCCAUCGCCAUCAUCGUCAGUGUCGUCGUCGCCGCAUCGAGGACGUCAGCACGGUCGCGGCGGCGGCGCGGGAUACGGGCAGCGCGAUGGCCGCGGUGGACGCACGGGCCGAUAUGGCGGCAGCAGCGACGACGACAGCAGCAGCAGGACAGGCGGUGAUGGACGGCGUGGUCGUGGCGGUGGCGAUGGUCGACGGGAGCACCAGGCGCCGCACCAGCGCGGAUAUCGUGAUGGUGGUGGUGGUCGUGAGGAUGGUGAUGGGUAUGGUGGUGGACGAGGGUGCGGUCCUGGGAGAAGAGAUGAAGCGCCAGCGCGGCGCGGGAGGGGCAGUGGUGACAGUGGUGAUGGUCGCCACAUGGGUGCACGCAACGUGAGGAGUGAGCGGCCACGCGGCAACGACGGCGGUGUGCCCCGGCGCAGAGAGCAACAGCAACAGCAGCCAAGGCAGCAACCACCAAAGCAGCCACCAAAGCAGCAGCCACAGCAACAGCCAAGGCAGCAGCAACAACAACAGCCAAAGCAACAACAGCAACCAAGGCAGCAGCAACAGCAGCCAAGGCAACAGCAACAGCCACCAAAGCAGCAGCAACAGCAGCAGCCAAAGCAGCAACAACAGCCACCAAAGCAGCAACAACAGCAGCCAAAGCAGCAACAACAGCAGCAAUCGAGGCAGCAGAAUCGAAGUGAGCUGGGUGUUGGGUCGGCGUGCGAUGCGCUUUUCUAUGACGAUGGGCUGGUGUAUCCUGCACAAGUGGUGAACAUCAACCCAGCAGGGGACGUGCUGGUGCAGUUUGAGUACUACAACAACGUGCAGUGGACACAGGCUGGCCACAUCUUCCCACGCCAGCCGCAGCCGCCACAGCUGAUGAUGCCGCAACAGCAGCAGCAGCAGCCACAGCAGCAGUCACAGCAGUCACAGAAACAACCAAAGCAGUCACAGAGACAACCAAAGCAGUCACAGAGACAACAGCGGCAGGAGAAGGGCGCCAGGACGACUGGCGGAGGAUCGAGGUUUCGCAAGGGCGACGCGUGUCUCAUCUCCUUUGAGGGCAGCACUUGCAAGGCAACGCUCACGUCUGAACCAAAGGCCGGGCACUGCUUUGUGCUCAUUCAAGGCCACGAACGGAAAGGCGGGCAGCGCGUGCCAGUCAACCAAUUGCAGCCCAUGCCAUAA